AUGGCUGUUUUGGACAAGGAUCGUCCUCGCGGCCUGCGAGUGCCUUCUCUUUCCUCCUUCAGAUCUAAGCACAAGUCGCCAACAGAGCCAGCCCCCACGAUUCAACUGCCUUCGGCGUCGCAUUCAUCUCUCCAGACAGACUCCUUUUCGGUGACUUCUUCGAAGCCAACGGAAAAGACAUUGCCGCCCCAUCCGCAAUUCCCCUCGCAACAGGCCUCCUCACCUGCAUUGGUGAAUCCAUAUCCGUCGCCACCGCAGGUAUACAGCAGUCAGCCUACUCGCGGGCCUGUUCAGAACUCGAACCCAAGCCAGGCCAUUGGCAAUGAUGCCCCCCUCCCUCCUCUACCAGCAGACAGGCCUAUGCCCCGACCCUUCCCUCAGACAACAUCACCACCGACCAGGCGCCCGAUUCCCGGGUCUGCGCCAGCGCCGGCGGCAGCACCAGCGGCAGCACCAGAGCCGCCGCAAGCACCAGUAUAUGCACCUGUGCCUGUUCCGCCGGUGAACCCAACUGUGGUGCAACAGAGAACGCCACCAUCAAGCGACGAAGAGCCGGACCAGAGACAUUCCAAUGGCACAAACGACUCAUUAGAGGGCUUCAUCCCGGAGCCAGAGCCAGAGCCAGAGCUAGAUGGCACUAAUGGUGCACCGAAUGAGGCUGGGUCCAGCGAGGAGGAUGAUAGACCCUUCACGCCGCCAGAAGUUGAGCCGGUUUCUGUUCCCCUAAAUAAACUGCACUAUUCCUGCUACCAGGAGCACCGCGCGAUGCCCAUCGCUAAUAACGUGUGUUCGAUCGCGAGAUCCGACAUCGAUGUGUUUUUUGCUGUCUGCGUGUCUGUGCAGAUUGCUUCCAGGCACUGA